AUGAUCCUGGUCAGACUAAGGAACGGCAUGUCUGGAAAAGAGAUCUCUCGAAAUUUCGGGAUAUCUGAAGGUCAUUUCAGUAAAGUAUUUGCCACGUGGAUAAAUUUUCUUAAUCACGAACUGAAGAGCAUUACAUCCUUCCCAACAGUUGACCAGAUAAAACCACAUCUGCCGAAGGCAUUUAUGAAGUUUCCGAAUACCAGAUUGGUGCUGGAUGCAACAGAAGUCAGAAUUCAGAAACCGUCUUCUCUGAAAGCACAAAGACAGACAUUUUCGCACUACAAACACUAUAACACGUACAAAGUUGUUAUUGGAUGUACCCCGGAUGGUUAUAUAAGUUUUGUGUCGAGACUCUGGGGAGGGUCUGUAUCUGAUGUUCAUGUUGUUGAGAAAAGUGGAUUGUUUGAUCGCCUCGAACCUGGUGAUGCUAUUAUGGUAGACAAGGGUUUUACCUUCCCAUGUGUUCCUCCAGGAAUUGAUGUAUACUAUCCUCCUUUUAGGGUGAGGGGAGAAGCUCAAAUGUCUCGUGAGGCAGUUCUGAACACAAGAAGUGUGGCGAGUGCUAGAGUACAUGUUGAACGCGUGAUCAGAAGAGUUAAGGCAUUUCACAUUCUAGACAAGCCCUUUCCAAUCAAUAUGGUGGAUAUAGCAGAGCAUAUAUUCCAUGUCUGUUGUUACCUAAGUAACUUUCGCUGUCUUUUGAUUAAGGAUGACACAGACUAAAAUGUGA